AUGCUAAGCAAUAAUUUAGGCAACAGUUCAGACUGUAAAAAUGAAAAUGGCUCUAUCUUUUCACAGACUGAACACAACAUUGUUGCAGCUUACUUGAUUACUGCAGGUGUGAUAAGUAUCCUCAGCAACAUAAUUGUUCUAGGCAUCUUCAUUAAGUUCAAGGAACUUCGGACACCCACAAAUGCAAUUAUCAUCAACCUGGCUGUUACUGAUAUAGGGGUCAGUAGCAUUGGCUACCCCAUGUCUGCUGCUUCAGAUCUGCAUGGAAGCUGGAAAUUUGGAUAUGCAGGAUGUCAGAUUUAUGCUGGGUUGAAUAUAUUUUUUGGAAUGGCAAGUAUUGGAUUGCUCACAGUCGUGGCCGUGGAUCGAUACCUGACCAUCUGCCAUCCGGAUGCAGGAAGAAGAAUGACCACCAACACUUACAUCAGCAUGAUUCUGGGGGCCUGGACCAAUGGCCUGUUUUGGGCUUUGAUGCCUAUCAUUGGGUGGGCUAGUUAUGCCCCAGAUCCUACUGGGGCCACCUGUACCAUAAACUGGCGGAAAAAUGAUGUGUCUUUUGUUUCUUACACGAUGAUGGUAGUUGCGAUAAAUUUUAUCGUGCCCUUAACAGUGAUGUUUUACUGUUAUUACCAUGUCACUCAAUCCAUUAAACAUCAUGGUACUAAUAACUGCACUGAGUACCUCAACAGAGAUUGGUCAGAUCAGGUAGAUGUAACAAAGAUGUCUGUGAUAAUGAUACUCAUGUUUCUGGUGGCGUGGUCACCUUAUUCCAUCGUGUGCUUAUGGGCAUCUUUUGGUGACCCAAAGAAGAUUCCUCCCUCAAUGGCCAUCAUAGCUCCCCUGUUUGCAAAAUCUUCUACAUUCUACAAUCCUUGUAUUUAUGUGAUUGCUAAUAAAAAGUUUCGAAGGGCGAUGGCUGCCAUGUUCAAAUGUCAGACUACCCAAGCAAUGCCUGUGACGAGUAUUUUACCAAUGGAUGUACCUCAAAACCCACUGACUUCUGGAAAAGUCUGA